CAUAUAAAUACAGAGGGAAUGGUAAGUUGUCUUUAUAGUUUGCAGGACCCGUCGUGCCUUUAUCACGACCUACAUCAAUCUAGAAGCUUAUCGUCUCCAAUAGUUACCAACUACUACCUCCCAUUCGAUGGAUCCUUCCUCCGGAAAGUCGAGUGCAGAUUCCGAAGCGAUAAACGUAGACGCGGGCACCCUUCCACAUGACACGAAGCUCGACCCAAAUUGUAUAUUCUGCAAGAUCGUCACCGGGGAAGCCCCGAGUUUCAAGGUGUACGAAACGAAACACAGUCUCGCCUUUCUCGCGAAGCCUCCAGUUUCUCAUGGGCACACCCUCAUCAUACCCAAAUACCACUCCCGGACAUUAACAGAUCCUGGACUUCCGGAUGAGUUCCUCGCGGAUGUUGGCCCUAUCAUGAAGAAGAUAGCAGUGAUGAACGGCGAGGAUUCAUACAACAUCAUCCAGGUACGCUCCACAUGCACGAGCUCUUGCUCUCUCCAUACUCGCGCGCUAAGUUAACACGGCAAUCAGAACAACGGCAGGACAGCUGG